CUUCGUUUCUGGUUACUACGAGCCGGAACAUAUGCUACAGGUCGUUCUUCUGUAAGAAUAUUUUUUUAAAAGGUAUAAAGCAGACGACAGUCUGCUGCUCAUCUACGCAUGCUUUCUUCACAGCCAAUAAAUUUUACCAUCUUCUUUUCUCUUUCGGUCUUCCCAAGGCCCACCUUCAUCGUCUUCGGCUGAACUCUAGAGUGAGAAUUCCCUUCUCCCUUCCCCCCCUCUCUCUUCCUAUCUUCUGCUUCAGGAAGGAGGAGGAAAGAAAGGGAAGCCAAAUUCUUGGGAAACUAACUCCAGUAUUCUGGCACAGUUCUUGGUUAUUGUUUCUGAUUGGGGAAAGAAGAAGGGUCGAUAAAGGAAACGAUGAGCCCGAACUCCUCUUCUCCUUCAUCUACUUCUCCUCUCCACCUUCCCCUCCUUUCCCCUUCAGGAGGCAAAGAAAGCAUAGAAGAUGAGGAGCUAGAAGAUCAUGCGGCCUUCUCAGAGAGCCAACGGAUUUCCGUCAAAGUCGACGACGACGUGGAAAAAGCCGGUGCGGCAACCGAUGGCGGGAGGAACGACGAGGACCGCGUUCCUCCCUUCUCAUGGAGGAAGCUGUGGCUGUUCACGGGGCCGGGCUUUCUGAUGAGCAUCGCCUUCCUGGACCCGGGCAAUCUGGAAGGAGACCUCCAGGCUGGGGCGGUUGCUGGCUAUUCCCUGAUGUGGCUGCUCACAUGGGCGACUGCGGUCGGUCUGAUCAUCCAGCUUCUGUCUGCCAGGCUCGGGGUGGCCACCGGCUCCCACCUGGCGGAGAUGGUACGCAGAGAAUAUCCCCGCUGGGCCAGCUACAUACUGUGGGUGAUGGCUGAGAUUGCUCUUAUUGGUGCUGAUAUUCAGGAGGUCAUAGGUAGCGCAAUUGCAAUCAGGAUCCUCAGCAAUGGCCUUCUGCCUCUCUGGUUCGGGGUCCUCAUCACUGCCGCCGACUGCUUCAUAUUGUUACUUAUGGAAAACUAUGGAGUAAGAAAAUUGGAAGCAUUCUUUGGUGUUCUUAUAACCAUAAUGGCAAUUUCAUUCGCAUGGAUGUUCGGAGAAGCCAGACCUAGUGGGAAGGACUUGCUUCUUGGUGUGCUGGUUCCACGAUUAACUUCGAGCACAAUUAAGCAGGCAGUUGGUAUAGUGGGCUGUAUUAUUAUGCCACAUAAUGUGUUUUUGCACUCUGCCCUUGUCCAAUCGAGAAACAUUGAUAAAACUAGGAAGGCUGAUGUCAGGGAAGCUCUCAGCUAUUACUCCAUAGAAUCGUCAGUUGCGCUUUUUGUAACUCUUUUGAUAAAUCUCUUUGUGACAGCUGUUUUUGCAAAGGGAUUUUAUGGUUCAAAAGAUGCUAAGAAUAUUGGUCUAAUGAAUGCUGCUGAGUAUCUUGAUAGAGAGUAUGGAUACCUGUUUCCAGUUAGGUAUAUCUGGGCAAUAGGAUUAUUGGCAGCUGGACAAAGCAGCACAAUGACUGGUACAUAUGCUGGCCAGUUUGUGAUGAGUGGUUUUCUGGAUCUCCACAUGAAGAAAUGGAUCAGGGCAGCAGUCACUAGAAGCUUUGCAAUUGUGCCGACUAUAAUAGUAACUCUUGUUUUUGAUUCAUCUGAGAAUCAGCUUGACGUUUUGAAUGAAUGGCUCAAUGUCCUUCAGUCCGUGCAGAUACCCUUUGCACUUGUUCCACUUUUAUGUUUGGUUUCCAAGAAGCAUCUCAUGGGUGUACUUCGUAUUGGAAACUUUCUCAAGUUGUUCUCCUGGGCAAUGACUUUAUUUAUUAUGGCCAUCAAUGGAUACCUUCUGGUGGACUUCUUCAGAACUGAAGCUCUUACAAUUGGGACCAUGUCAUUUUUGUCAGUAAUUGCAGUUUCAUAUAUCACAUUCAUUUGCUAUCUUGCUUUUCGAGAGAUUCCCUAACAAAGCUUGUACAAAAGCCUCCAAAUCGUUGAAAUAAUAGAGGUAUUCGGUAUUCCUUUCCAUACUGAGCAGCAAUAUGUUUCUGAUUUUAUAUGUAUUUAUAUCCUGCUGAAAGAAUUCUCCAAUGCAUUCUAGAGUAGAUAUGGUUCUUUCUUUAGCAUGCAGUGGCUUGAACCUUAGGCCUAUUCGACCUGGACUGUUGUAGCAGUUCUAUUUCGUGGAGAUGCCAAGAGAUUCUGGAUAUAUUCAUGUUGAUAAACCUAAGGUUCUUAGGCAGGUGCUGCAUUUGAGGCAUUUUGGAGGCUUCAGCUUUAGAUGGGCAUGAAACAGGGUUUAGUAAGGGUACUGUAUGGCAUCCAUGUAAAAUACGUGGAUUGCAUCUGACUUUGCAGUUCAUCAUUUCCAGAGAAAGAAUCUUGGACAUUAGUCCAACAAGCAGAAGACCUUAUUCAAAAGAUAAAUAAUCUGGGAAACUUUUGGUGUAAAUGAUAACGAAUUGUAUAUUAUUCUCUUAGCCACUUAACAUAUAGCUGCUUUUGUAGUC